AUGACGCCGUGUAGAUCUGGAUCUUCCUCGAGGUCUUCUUCAUUUGGGAGGAGCUCAAGAAGAUGGGUUUUCUUGAAGGAGUUCUCAUAUAGGAGCAAAAGUGAAGAUAAGAAAUUUGAGAAGUCCAAUUCCAAUCCUAAAACCCCAUCAACUGAAAAAGCAAAUUCAGCACCAGAACUAACAAAUUCCAACAUCGGAGCCACUAAAAAAGUUACAAAUGUGGUGAAAAAUAGGGCAGUAAAUGGGAUUGGUAAAAGAAGGGUGCCAACAUCACCUCAUGAAUUGCAUUACACUGCAAAUAGGGCACAAGCAGAGGAGAUGAGGAAAAAGACAUUUCUUCUAUAUAGACAAGGUUUGUUGGGUUGUUUGGGAUUCAGUUCAAAGGGCUAUGGAGUCAUGAGUGGUCUUGCUAGAGUUUUGAAAUUAGUGUCAUCAAGGAGUUCUUAUAUAGGAGCAAAAGUGAAAGUAAAAACAACGAGCAUUAGUUUUGGAGCUCCUUAUCAUUUUCAUCUGUCAAAGAUAAGAAAUUUGAGAAGUCCAAUUCCAAUCCUAAAACCCCAUCAACUGAAAAAAGCAAAUUCAGCACCAGAACUAGCAAAUUCCAACAUUGGAGCCACAAAAAAAGUUACAAAAGUGGUGAAAAAUAGGGCAGUAAAUGGGAUUGGUAAAAGAAGGGUGCCACCAUCACCUCAUGAAUUGCAUUACACUGCUAAUAGGGCACAAGCACAGGAGAUGAGGAAAAAGACAUUUCUUCUAUAUAGACAAGGUUUGUUGGGUUGUUUGGGAUUCAGUUCAAAGGGCUAUGGAGUCAUGAGUGGUUUUGCUAGAGUUGUGAAAUUAGUGUCAUCAAGGUAA